AAUCUUCACAGCCCCUCCGAACCUUUUUCCCUCCCAACUCCAAAUCAUUUUACUCCCACAAAAAAGCAAGCACAUUCAUGAUCGCCAAAAUGCGGUCCUAAACGCUUCCCCAGUCGGCACGAUUCCGUCCCCAACUUCGUUUCAAAAUAUUCUUUACACUCAAAACUCGUCACACCCUUCAGUUCCUCCUGCAAAGGUCGACCUGAAGUCCAGCUCUGCUAGUCACAGCUUCGGCUCCAGUCUCUUCACAACCGCCGCCAUUCCCGGCUUAGACGCCCCAGUCUUCACCACGGAUUCACAACAGUCACCAUGGCUUCCCUCCAGUUCCCCGAGCCUGCCGGCAUCAUCCGCGCAACAGCACUAUCAACAUCUGCCACCGCAACAGGACUUUGUUCUGUUCGAUACGCCGCGGCGUUCGCAUCAACCUAGCCGAUCUAUCUCGCAAUCUUCCGCCAUCGGAAGUGCCUCUCGCAACCACCCUUCUGCCUCGCCAUCAACGCAGAACCAAAGAGUCGCACAGAUCAUACAGGCUACAGGACAUUCGACCACCUCAACGGCUUUCACAAAUCGGCUUAGCACGCAGUUCCCAAAACAGUUCUACGCAUCUUCAGCACCUAACUCAACUGUGGCCCUAACGGCAGAUCGCGCACGACCUGCACGACCGCCUGUGCCUCUGUUCUCCCAGAGUACCGGAAACGUCACUCAGAUCCAAACCAAGAUGAACAACACAUCAGAUCUGGGUUUGGACGAUUUCACCGCCUUUGGCGGUGGAGCUUCGGCGUUCCCCUCGCCCGCCAUGCCGGGCGUCUUUGACAUUGCCUCCACGACUGCAAGCACGAUGGGCACCGUCUCUCCGCAGGACUUGUUCCUGUCGGACAACUUUAUGUCGGCCCCCAACUCGACCGCUUUGACGACUCUAACUUCGCCGUCCCUAUAUAAUGGGUCUCCCGACUUUGGCGACAGCUACGAUGUCUCUCCAAACUUUGUUGGGAACGACCUGGAAUCGGCAGGCGAGUCUGCUUGGUUUCCGCUCUUCCCUCAAGAGAACACGAACGUGGCCGCGCCCCAGUUACCCCAGGAGCUCGCUGCUCCUACGCAGCAACAGCAGUCUCCUGCGGCGGGAUCUGAGGACCUCGAGGCUGCCCCGUCUCCUGCUCCCCGGCGCAAGUCUGGCAACUCGCCCACAUCUUCUACCGGUCGUCAUUCAUCAGUCAGUGGAGUCAACGCUCGCCGUCGGGAUAAGCCUCUGCCCCCUAUCGUUGUCGAGGACCCAAGCGACACGGUAGCGAUGAAGCGUGCCCGCAACACGCUCGCGGCACGCAAGUCUCGCGAGCGCAAGGCUAUGCGCUUCGAGGAGCUUGAGGACAAACUCGAGAAGCUCACGGCUGAGCGUGACCACUUCAAGAACCUUGCUAAGCAAUACGGUGCCCCUGUUUGAACUGCUUUUAUUUUGUGCUUUACAUCACCACGCUCGGGUGAACUGGAGGGAAGAUCUUCCGAUUUUCUUUCCUCUCUUUUCAUUUUCGUCCUUUCUUACGAUAAAAAGUUAUUGGUGGGCGAGCCGUAAAGACUUUGUUGAGCCAUCAUGAGGUCCAUAGUCAGAGCUCUUGGUUUCCUUGUUUUCUAUCAAGUCCUGUCACAUUUAUGAGGACUCUCCUUGUUCCUAUGCUUGAAUCUCACAUCUGUAGUGUGAGUAGAAUAAUUGAAUUUCAAACGUUUAUCAGUCCGGCCCGAUAUUAUAGUUCAUUUCUCUGUAGCGGCAAUUUGAAAUUCAAUAGUGCAUGCAUGCAGAUGUGUUCGUGUGCCCUUUCGAGCGCUCU